AUGACCCUAACAACCACCACCGCAAACUACCUAAUAACAUUCCUCACCGUCGUGUUACUUACUUCAAUAACCACCGGCGAAUCAACUCCGGUAGCAAUUCCGCCGUCGAACGGAGGUUGCGCAGACUCAGUGAUCGCAUUCUCUCCAUGUCUUCCGUACAUAUCAGAACCGCCAAACAACCUCUUCGAAGAUCCUACACCUCAAUGCUGUGAUGUUUUCACCGAAGCUUUUGAAUCCGGCGAGGCGGAGUGUUUAUGUUAUCUGGUUCGGCAGACGUCGAUUCUCGGCUUUCCUCUUAAUGCUUCUAAAAUCCUUUCGUUAUCAGAUCUCUGUUCUACAGCCACUAAUUCCACCACUAAUUCAUCUAUUCAAUCUGUCUGUUCAGAGUCCCCAACUCUGCCUCCUCUCGUCAGCCCCACUUUGAGGCCGCCUCCCCCACCAUCACGUUCAGUUUCUGAUGCUCAUCAAUCUCCUCCUCCCCCAUAUCGUCCCCAAUCUCCUCCUCCUCCAUCGCCAAUCACCAAUCCAAGACCUGCCAACAAUGCAUCUGAACUGAAACCAUCUACAUCAGAGAAGAGCAGCGAUCCCACCAAUCUGGUGCUAAAAACAGUUAUCACUCUCACUGCCGUAUACCUGCUGUUUUUUGUUCGUGUUCCUGUAUUCAUCUUUGACUUUGAGUAG